AUUUUCCUAUAUUAAGCUCGGUGAACACGCGCUCCUGGCACAUGCAGCAGUGAGCGUGAACAACCCAAAGCAGCAUGUCUGAGGUCUGAACGCAGGUUGAACAAGCAGAACUUUAUGAGUUAUGCACCUGCAGCAACCCCCCUCACCGUCCGCGCUGGCCAACAAACCGGUGUUGACGCACAUCACCGCCCGCGUCUCCUCCUCCCGUGACACCCUGAUGAACGAGCCACCGUUAAAAAGACUCUCGACAGAGAUGAGGAGCCCCUCAAACGCUCUGGAUUACGUUUCCGCGGGAAGUGCGGACAAGUGUAAUUUGCCUGAAUCAAGUCAAGCGCGGACAGAUUUCGCCUCAUCUUCUGCCAUGUUCUCGUAUUCGCGGCAGCCUGUAGUGCCCGGGCUCCCGCCACUCUCCAGUCACUACUUGACACCUCGCCCGGUCAUCAGCAACGGGCCGUAUGAACUGAGCUACGCGUAUUCACAGCCAUACGGACAAACUUACCUAAACUCCGCCGUCUAUCCUUUCGCCUCGGUGCCCGGAAAAGCCCAGGUUUACCUCUGUAACCGGGCGCUGUGGUUCAAAUUCCACAGACACCAAACAGAAAUGAUCAUUACUAAACAGGGGCGGUAA